CCAACUUCCAGUUGUUUAUAAAAACUGAAAUUGCGAACGGUCGAUUGAUCGUAUCAGCAGCUCCGUUACCUCCCAAAGUGGACCAAGCUACAGUUUGCAAAUAAAAUAACUUAAAAUAGACAGUCACUAACUCCAAAGCUAUUAGCCGAAAAAGGCAAAGAUUUGUAGGACCAUUGAAAACCUACGACCGAACAAAAAGAAUCGAGCCUCAAGACCUAGAAGCGAGAGCUUAAAAACUGCUGGUUUCCUCCACUCGCGCUGUUACUUUUGGAUGUUGAACGACUUGCGCGACUAUUUGAAUCGUCAAGUUACAAAUGUUAAGACAUAUACAUUGUGUUCAAGCUGCGCGUAGGCAGUAUGGUUUGUGGCAAUUCAGAUAUGCUGGUCAUAGUACAGCUGAUAAGAUAAAUGUUCAGGUUAUGACAUUAGUUACAUUACCUAUUGGAGCUUUCUUAACCUACACUGCGAUUUGCAAUGAGCAUAAACAUGAAGAAGAAGUGAAAGAAAAGGAGCAAUUUACAGUUAUUUAUCCUAGAGAAAUUAAAAAAUUGCCAUGGGGUGAUGGUGCGACGUCACUAACGGAUACCAUUUCCAACCGCUUGGACUUAGAGGUCAAACAUGAAGUCAAGAUUCCUAGACUAAUUGAAUAAACGAAGAGGACGCUAUCGCAACUAAUGUUAUCUCGUUAAUGUAGACAAUUAUUUGCAGCGUGAAAAGUUUCGUUUUGGACUCUACUUAUUUUUAGUUUUAAAUUAUUGUUGCGAUUUUUAUUCCUAAUUAAACCUGAUGGCUCCACACUCAAGGUAACAGUUCUGAUAAAUUCAUGGGGCAGAAUAAAGAAAUUUCGGGCAAAGAAGCACAACUUGGAGGAAUUUGGGGCAAUUACACGGAAACGAGGGAAUGUUUUUAAAGGUCUAAAGAGGUUCUCCUUAAAAAAUUACAGUUGUAUAUAUAUGUAUUAAAGUGGCAUUAAUUUAGUUUUCUACCUAACAUUCCUUUUUAACUCAUGAUGAUAACUCUAAACGUUUGUGGUGUGUACUUUUUUGUUUUGUGACUAAGAAAAUCCUAGUGAAAAAGGUUUUUGGAAUUGCCAA